UUAUUUUCUCAGGUUCUGUCAUUACAUCUCUCCAAUCCCCAUUCUUUCAUGAAAUUAGAGUUUCCUAAAUUACUGAACCCUUUCCUUCAAUCUCUAAUCUCAACAAGGUAAGAUUUAGGGUUUCAUAUCUGUAUACUGAUCUUUUAUUUCUUGAAAUCGUCUUCUUCUCAACCGCCAUCUUUUGCGAAGAAUUAUAGAGAUGAAGUUUUAAGAGGAUGCGAAAGAUCAUCAGAUUCAAUAAGAUUAUUAAGUUUUUGUGAGAUUACGAUUGAGGAAUUGUGUUUGGAUUGGCAUCGGGAUUGAUUCAUGGAGAAAUCGAUGAGAGAUUGAGGAAAAUGAUGCCGUAAUUAGCGGUUGAUUGUCGAACGACCUCGUAUGGAGUAGUUUCUUCGAGUGGAUUUUGGCUAUGCUUCCGACAAGUUGAUCCUGAGCAAGUUGUUAGGCGUUGUUCAUCUCGAACGAUAUCUCUACAGAGCUGGUGCAAGUUGCAAGAUCAGGUAAUUGGAAAUUUGUUUGAAAAAAAACCCUUAUAUUUUACAAAAAAUGGUAUCAAGUUGCAUAUCUAUUUUUAUUCAUCUCAGUUCGAUACUCACGCCCUACAGACAAUCCCCUUAAUUUUUGAAAAAAAACCCCUUAAUUUUUUCUCAAAAUAUGGUCUUAGGAUUCGAGUUUUGUGGGUUGUAAAAGACAAUCCUAUGACUUUCUACACCAUGUAUUAUCGACUGUUUAUUGCUUCUUCUUAAGGGAAUGUAAGCAGGCAUCUGUGGCAGGAAAAGAAAAAGACACGGAUGAAAUGAAAAGGAUGUGAUUCAGAUAGAUGUGAGCUACUUUGCUCUGCUGUGACCGUCUAUGAGAGUUAUAAAAAUGAUCCACGUGCUUAAAUAGAAAGAAAAAAAAAGAUAACAUUUUGGACGCAUAUCAAGUGUUUGUGAAAUUGCCUGAAUGAAAUGUGAAUCUGAUGUUCAAAUCUGUUUGUAUGAUUCUGAUACAUUUAGUAUUGUUUGUCUAGAUGCAUUCUGAUUUGUAACAAUAUCCCAUAAAAGGGUAUUUACCGAAUUACAGGAAGAUCUUGAAGUCAUGGUUCUUGGUUUGAGGUCUAAGUACCGAAAAGACGGUUCUGUUCAAGUAAAUUAUUUUGUAAAUGUACAAGAGAUUAAAGAACUGACUGAGGUAAAACCUGAAAGUGAAACUUAGCUAUACUACAAUAUCAUUGGCUCUUUCAAAUGUACAUGUUCUUUUACUAUGUUUCCUAAACAGAUUUCAGUGAUUUUACUUGCAUUUUAGAAACCUUAUUCUGCAUUCUGUAAACUGUAUUCAGAUCCAUAGUGCAUGGCUGCCACCUUGGCUUGCAGCCCGUUUGGCUGGUUUUCAGCUGCCAGGGAACAAUGGGUGUUGGUGGUAACUAACGUCGAAGCGCAACUACAAUCAUUAACCAAGAAGACCAAAGAGGUUUAUAUUCAGUUUAAGAAUGCUUUAACUCCACCUGUGAUCAAAAUUAAGGAAAUUGUAGACCCUCACUUUCAGACUGUCAAGAAGGUCUCCAAGCUGUACAUUGACCAAAUUUCCACUGUAACAAAGGCUCAUCUUGAUAAAGCUCGGGAAACAGUGGCAUCUUACACAAAGGAGGCGGUUAUUGGUUGCGGGAAGUUUCUUGAAUCAGCUACUAAAUAUCAUCAUCAGGCAUAGAAUACAAGGGUCUGGUAUUUGCUGGUUGUUUAGUUUUUUUUUUUUUUUUGAAUUUUGGCAGUCUUGACCCGUUUAUAUACAAAUGGGUUGGUUUAUGUUAUGCUCUACCUCAUUGGGUCAAAUGAGUUGAGCUAAAUUAUUUAUAACUAAAGGAAAUGUGCUAAAUGGGAUGGGUGGGUCAAACGAGUGAAAACCCUUUGAAAUAUAACCAAAUGCAUUAAUCCUUUUGAACUCUUUGAAAUAUGCAGUAUUAGCACCUAAAGGUGAAUUGUAAAUCCUUUUUUAGUUCCAUGACUCAAAACUUUAUCUAUUUGCAUGAAUAAGAAUGAAGAAAUUCUCUUAUUAUUUAAUUAGUUUUAACAUAAUUAAACUCAUUUGAUUUUUGAGUUAAUUUAAUCUUAAUUUUUAAUCAAAUUGAUUUUUUCAAACUGGAUUUGGUGGAUGCGAAUGAAGUCUCAAGGGAGUUAAAUUGGUUGCUCUGUGGAUUCUAGCCUAAAUUUGACUGUAGCUGAAAAGAAUCAUAUCUAAGAGUCUUUGGAGCCUCUUUUGUUGUCAACCCGAAACUCUUCACAGGUUUUCAAUCCUAUUUAGGAUAAUCAGCAGCCUUGAUUAUUAGGCAAGCCUCUAAAGGGUAUUCCUAUUAGAAAAAAGCAAAUCUUGCUAAACAUAUAUGGCUAAACAUAUUUUUUUUUGACAUAGAUUUAAACAUAUACAUAUGGUUACAACUUAAAUGGACGCUUAAAAAUAAAUACUACAACAUCAUUAUGUUAUGGUUGAAGGUUUCGUGAAGCUGAUUACGGAGGAAUUAGAAGUGAGGUGACCGAAAAAGAGUAUUGUCCGGUAAGGUGAGGAGUAUUGAUUGUUAUUUUUUGGCAAGUGAGGUUUUGGCUCAGCAUGAUAGGGAGUAUAUGCCUGCGGAAGUGGCGAAUGCGAUUGAGAAGUUUAAAAAGAAGCUUGCUAAAGUAGUUGUUCAUCUCAGUUCGAUACUCACGCCCCGCCAAUGUGGCACCGUUUCGGCUUACAACAGGUAACCUUAGUUUAAUUAGUAAACCUAGGAGUGUUGCAAACGCCCCAAAGGCUGGGAAAUGGCAUAUUCUUUGGAAAUGAUAUU